AUGAUCAUCGUCAUUUUCAUUUUGCUUUGUCUGGUGUCCCGGCAAACUGUCCAAUCAGACACAACCGAUCUUCAAACCGUCACUGAUAAUUUUCAUCGUUUAUCGAGAAUUGCUAAUGCAAUAUAUCUUCAAGCUAUUACUAUUCGAAAGGAUAUAAAUGCAAGUCAAGUGAUUGCAGAAUUUCUCAAAAUCUCUUCAGAAGACUUAUCAAAAAUCAAUAAUGUGAAUGUUCGGCCGACUUUGGAAUGGUUGAAAGCAUUGGAAAUCAAUCAGAAACGUCUGCCACCUGAUGGAUGGACGGACAAAGAUAUUUAUGAUGAUCUACUAGAAAGCCAGUAUUUCUCCCAUGAGGCACAAACACGAGACAAAGAUUUUAAGAUUGGUCAGAAAAUACCAUAUGAGAGUUUUGAAACAAUUUCCAGCAAGAUCAAAAAUAAUGAUUGUGAUCUUGACAAUCUUCAGUUAUUGAUUGACAUACUGAACUUUAAAGACGACGAAGAAAAGCAGGACUAUAUAAAAAGUUUAAAUUCCACCAAACAUGCGAACAUUUCCAGUUUAAUAGCCUGUUUUCCAUCCGAUGAUUUUGUUCGUAAUCCAAUCAUUGAAAAAGUUCAUUUGAACUACUCAUGGAUUUUCAAGGGCGUAGAAACAAUUGACAAUUUUCUCAAUGAACAAAGACAAUUUUCUAAGGUUCUGAUUUCUUUGAAAAAUGAUAUGAAAUUGAGUAAACCGAUUUGGGAGAAUAUACCAAAGGGUGCUGAACUGGUCAAAACUUUAAGCAAUGCAGUUAACGCCCACGUUGCUGUUUUCAAUAAUUUGAAUGUUCCGCUUCCAAGUGUUGUGGCUGGUUUCCUGAGUUCUUCUGAUCUUUUACAUAUUUCUGAAGAUAUCAAAAGUCCAUGGUUCAAGAAACAUUUUGCACUUGGAGCGAAUACUGAACAACUGUCAAAAGCAUUGGAACCAUUCUAUGAAAUUUCAAAAAAGAUUCAAAAUCUAUUCAAUGUUUGGGAAGAGUACUUUCAUUUUGAAAAGUUGGAAGAAAAGAACAAACGUUUUCAAAAAACUACUUUGAAAUUAGAAACUAUUGAGCAAUAUGUUGAACUCCUUGGUUCAUCUGUAAAGAAGAAUCAAAUUUUUGACGAACUGGAAGCCUCUAUCAAAAUUUGUGAAACGGAAAAACCUGAUGUUUAUUUCAUGAAAGAAUUGAAAAAGUUUGGACAGUAUUCGACGGCAUUGAAUGAUCUAUUCGAAAAAUUUAUUGAUUUGGAGACGGAAUUGAAAAAAGUUCAGAAAUGGAAAAAAUCUGUUGGACUGUCACGCGACAAACUGCAUGGAUGUGUUGAAAAUUUGAUCAAAGCAAUUCCAGAAGUUAAAGAGAUUGAUGAUGCUCUCAGCACAUUGGCUAAAAUUAGUUCUAAUUUCUACAAAUGCAUUUCCGGUGAUUCUUCUGAUCGUACAUUGCUGAAGUAUGUUUACAAACUACAAAAGGCCCAUAACACCUUUUUUGAGAGCGUCACUUCAUAUAGUGGCACGAGUAAACCGAUGUUCACUUUCAAUGAUCUUGUUAUAAAUUCAAAAAUAUCAAAUCAAUUGGAAUGUUGGAGAACUCAUAACUUUGAUCCUAUAAAACUGAAAAUAGGCGCCUCAUUUUCCUCAGUUUUGUUGAAGUUUCCAUCUGAAAAUGAUAUGAAAUAUGUUAUUACAUACAUGGAAAAAAUUAAUCAGGUGGAAAAUGCGAUUGAAGAUAUCAGGAAUGGUAUUCGGGUUUUCAACAAUCGACAGUCGAGAAGUACAAAAAACGUGACGGUUAAUCCAGUUUUACAAUUCAAAAAUACACAUUUUUUGAUUCAAAAUCUUGGGCUUUCUGUUCAUGCGUUGACUGAACUAAUUGCAAUUAGCAAUGAUCGAAAACGAAUUCUGGAAGUUGAUCCUUUUUCCACAGAUUUCAUAAAGCUUCUGAAGGAGAGCGGUGUACUACAAUAUGCAUAUGCUAGAAAUGAAAUUGAAGAAAUUUUGAGAAGGACUGACAACUUAAAUAAGAUGGCCUCAAAGUUGAAAGACAAGAAUUUGUUGGAUAUGGCGAUGAUAUUUGAAGAAACGGCAAAAAUUAACGGAAUUCGAGGAGCUAGAAAUGCUCUAAAUAACAUGAAACAAACUUAUAACAAUAAGAUGUCGAUAAAGGAAAGAAACAGUGUGAAUAUUCUUAUUGCUAUCAAUUUGGAUUUUGUUCAAUAUCGGAAUCAUUUGAAACUUGGAAAAUCUGCAAUUAUCUCCUUAACAACAUAUUUCGAUACCAUUUUUGGACGCAUCAAAGCUCAGCCAGCACAACCAGCACUGACAAUAAUUCAAACAACUGCAGUUCCUGAGUCAAAUCUUCUAUUGAUUGCUUUGAUAUCUGUAAGUGCAAUCGUCUUGUUAGUAAUCAGUUGCCUUAUUGGAUAUGGAUUUACAUCAAAUGGAAGAGCAAAGUAUACGAAUAUUUAUUUAUAUUACUUUGGAAAACCAGCAAAUUAUGAAAAACGAUGGAGAUAUUCAAAGUUCAUGGACGUUCAAGAUGGUAAAAAUGCACUUUUGGAUGCAAUUCGUGAAGUUAACAAGACAAAUGUUAUGAAAGCACUGAAAAUGGGAUCCUACAUUAAUGCAUAUAAUAAACACGGCAAUACCGCUCUCCAUGUGGCUGUCAGAAAGGCUCAUGUGGAAUUUGUUGAGAUAUUGAUAAAGCAUGGUGCCGAUCGAUCACUUUUGAAUGUGCAUAAUCGAACCCCCGAGCAAAUGAUUCCAACAAACUAUCAAACAGAUUUUCCUGACAAGGCACCCAACUAUGAUAAGAUUCGUUUGAUUUUCAACAAGUAUCGGAAGAAAACGUUCAAACAAAAUGUUCCCCAGAAAUUUCCAAUCAGUUCAUUUCAUAUUUACAUUGAAAACACAAAUGAUCACCUCACCAAUUAGUUCAUGGAUAGAUUUCAAGCAAUUACAUCUGAUGAACAAAUGUCAACUACAACUCAUUGUGUUGUAAAAACCAACGAAAAUGGAAUAUUGGAAACUGAAAGUCUGGAAAUAUUUUUCUGGAUUUUCAAUGGAACUAUAAUUGUGAAAGAGCAAUGGAUGAGUGAUUGUCUUCAAGAUGAACGAAUUAUUGAACAAGACUCUAAAUAUUUGGUAGAAAAAGUCAAGUUCAAAGGAAUUGUCUAUGAUACAGUACUUCAAUGGUCAAACUCAAUUGCAAAAGGGGAUAUUCCAUAUUUGUAUGGGGUAUUUGCAGUGGUUGUUAUGCAAGAAUACAGUAAUUUGUUCUCUCUGACUGCAAUUAUGAAUUCUCAAGGAGGUUUGUUGAUGGAUGAGUUUCCAUCAAAAUAUAAUUACAAUAUUGGAUCACAUCCAUAUCUUCAUUCACACCUGGGACCACUUUUCAUUAUUCACGACGGAAAGUCAAAGUUGGAUGUAUACAAAACAGAUUCGGAUAAGAUGUACACGUUGUUUACGGAAGAAGAAUUCAUUAUUUUCAUGUUGAAACGAGGAAUUAACAAGGACACCAGUAAGAAUCCAAUUCCUGUUUCAAAAGAUGAUGAGAAAUGA